AUGGAAGAAGACAUAUCGGAAAUACAUCCGAAUAGGAGCGAACAAUUAGGUUUUAAACCGCAAAAAGAAAUUAUUUACAAUAGAUUAUUACCCUAUGCUGAUAAAUUGGACGAAGAAUCAAAAAGAUCAUUUACGCAAAUAAAAAUAAAUUUAAGUAAAUCCGUAUUAGUUCGUGAAUUACAUCCUGGUUGUUCUAUUUGGUCAGCCCGAUUAAUGGGGUAUAUUAAAUUAUACGGACUAAAAUUUUCCAAGCAAGAUCACAUAGAUUUGGUUUAUUUAAUGUACGAAGUUCUUCUUAUUCCUAAUUUGGAACCCCAUUUGGUGUAUAAGUUUGCUCGAACAUUAAUUAUACUUCUUAAAAAAAAAUAUUUGCUUUCUCCCGAUGACAUCACACUGGACUGGAGGCCUUUAUAUAACUUAUGCCAAAAAUCUCUGGAAUCUAAAUAUGAUUUAUGCAGAUAUUAUUCUCUACUGGAACACACUCUUGUUUUUCUCGUUCAUUCUGCCAGACAUUAUUUUUGUGAUUCUGCGACGCAAGAAAUUUUAGACGAAAUCAAACCUCAGUUAACAAUUAACUACUGUUCUCCUAAUUCAAUCGAUUUCUUAUCCUGGUUUCUCCCUAUUUGUCUUCCACCGGAAAAAGCACAUUUGGGAUAUGAACUUUGGCUUUCCGAUAUAAUGAAUUUGUGGGAAACUUGCAAUAACAGCCCUGCAUGGGAACCUCAAAUAAUGAAAUUGAUUGCAAAUUUAGCGAGUAGCAAUGUGGGAUACAUUAAUUGGGAACCCUACAUACCGAUUAUGUUUACUAGAUUUUUAAGGGCUUUUAGCCUUCCAGUUUCUUAUAAACAAUAUCAAACAUCUAAACUUCAAAAAACUGAAAUUUCUUCCAUAGCUCUUUGGAUUGUUUCAACAUUGGACAGGGAGAGUUCCACUCAAAGAUAUUUAGAAAAAUUUUUGAAAACGAUAGAAUCAUACUUUCAUCCAGCAAAUUUUGGCGUUUGGUUUUUAAAACUGAAAGAAUUACUAAGAAAAUUACCGCAAUAUUUUAUUCAAAGAUUACAAUAUGAAAGGUUUAAAAAACUAACUUGGGAAACUCCUGUACCCGAUUCUAAAAAGCUAACCGAAGAAGACAUUGACAAAUUUGUUGAAAGCAUGAAAAAUGUUGCUAUGCAAGCAGUUUUCUCCAAAGUCGGUUGUACCGAUGCUUCUAUAGCUCUCCAACAUUUGGCUACUUUAAGACCUAAAAUUAUAAUUUCGGGUCUCAUCGAAAGAUUUUACUGGACAUUAGAUUUAGUUACUGAGCCUCAUAAAUUGACGUCGGUUAUGCAUUGCAUGUCAAUGGUGGCAAGACCUUUGGUUCAAGGCGCACGUUGCGGUUAUCCAGAGGGUCCGACACACGUCAUACCUUUACUCAUGUCUUCUCUUCCUGGAAUAGAUGCAAACGAUUUAAAAAAAUCAUUUGUUACGAUACAAUUUAUUUUAGUCUUAGUCACAUUAGUUCCUUUAGUCGAUUCUUCCAAAGCUUCCGAUUAUUGGACGGAUCUUACCGAAGAGGAAGAAGUUAUUUGUACGGCAACGGCUAGUUUCGAAGAUUUUGUCGUUCAAUUUUUCGAUCGUAUAUUUAAUUUUAUUGAAAGUAGUUCUUUGGAGCCCGUUAGAAUCGAUAAGGAUAACAGUAAAAGAAGUAAAAUUGAAAAUUUAACGGAAAUAACGCUGUCGUCCGUUUCUUACGCUGUAUUAAAUCAAUCUUCGUCAGAAAUUUUCAAGACAGCAUUGAAGAAAUUACACACGUUUGUCACUGAGAGAAUUUUCGAAACGAAAGUGGCAGGACAAGUGGUGGCAACACUGUGUAAAACAUUUUCCCGCGUGAAUCCCGAAGAAACUUUGAAAUGUCUUCUGCCGCAUUUUUGCGACACGGUCAUGAAUUUAACCGAAUCCGAAGAGGUUCAAAAAGAAGAGAUUCUUAACGAAGAAUUACAUUACAAUUUAUUAAUAUUAUCAGAACUCGUUGAUUGUAGGUUUGGCAUUUCACCCUACGUUCCACAGUUGCUAACCGUUUUAGACAGAACGUUGAUGUUGGCCUCUAGAGAAGGUUACGUAAUGGGAUCUAAAUUAUUAGAUCAUAUUUUAUUAUCGUUAACGACUCUUUGCCCGUUGGAAAAUAAAGCUUUACUAAAAUCAUUCGAUACGCACGUGAAAGAUUAUUUGCCUUUCAGGGAGUGGGGAGAACCUACGACAAUAAAUAAAUUAAACGUCAAUUGGCACGUACCUGGUCCGGAAGAGCAAAAAAUUGUUGAAAAAAUUGUUCAUAAAUACCUACCGUUGGAAUUGGAAAAAAUAAAUAAUCAUAUAAACGAUGUGCGAGUGUUAUCCAGGACGGAAUUACUUUGUUCCCUGAGUGUUAUUUGCGGAGUACUCGGUGGUAAUUCCAUGCUUCCCGUUUGGGAUGAAGAACCUUUAACUUUAAUCGAAAGCGAACUCCAAGUUCAACCUUGGUGCAUAACUCUUGGAAUCGAUGAAGUCGUUCACAUGCCGGAUGGUUCCAACGUAAAAUAUUCAAUCGCUCAAACUAUGGAUAAAUUGCAAAAGAAAAUGUUGUCGUCGUCUGCUGAAGAUGAUACUAAAUCAUUAUUUGCUAUAAUUCAAAUUUGGGAACGACUUUUAUUGAAUAAAGUACGAGUUCAAAAUGAUUUCGAUGUGACGUUGAAAAAUUUUCAAAUCACAAAAAAAUUUUUUGAAAAUCCAUUGGUGAAAAAAAAACGUCAAAUGAGAGUCAUACUCAUCGAACAUGCUUUGCUUCAACACGAAUCGAGAACGGAAAAUACUAAAAAAUGUCUCACGAAAACGCACAAAAUGAUUAUGAUUAAUUUGUUAGAACUCAGUUGCAGUCAUUACAGUAAGGUAAGGAUGAAAGCUCAAUCAACAUUGUUUAGAGGUCUUGUUUACUUCUCAUUUUCUUAUACCGUUUUAAUACCAGAUUUGAUAAAAAAUUUAAAAAUCGAUUCGACGGAAAAUCACGAAAGAUUUAAAGGUUCUUUAUAUGUUUUGUCAGGUCCGAAACAAAUGCCGAUGAUUGCACGUUUCGAUUGGAAAAUUCUAGAAUUGUGGAUCGCUUUGGUUCGAGCCAAACCGUCGGAAAAACUUUCCGUCGUUAAAUUAAUUGAAAAUCUCAUGAAAUCCGUUCAUAAACAUUUUUCUCUCAUGAGCGUCGACUUGCGAGUUCCCGACGAUUGUUUGGAAAAAGCCAAAAUCGUAUUGAAAUCCGUGACGGAAUCACCGGAAACGAUCGUCACGCCGGAAAAUAUUCAAGUUGGAAAAAUUAAAUUGGAAGAAAAGUGCGAAAGGAAUAGAAAAUGUUACUACGACGUUUUGAAUUCGUUUUACGAAACGAUACAAAAAAAUAAUUUGCAUUGGCGAUAUUACUUAAUGGCGAUGUGUUUUUUAGGAGAUUUAGCUCAUCCGAAAAUUCCAUAUCCACCGGAAAUAGUUAAAAUGUUUUUACACACGCUCAUUAACGAGUCGUUAGAAUUAAGAAAGUUAGCCAUAAAGAGCACGUUGUACCUGUUAGUUCAACAAAAAAGAAAAGCGAAAAAGAUUACGGUCGAUGUUGCUACGGUAUCGGGAUGUCAUCAAAUACCCGAUCGUCCGAAACCUGGAAUAAGACCGGAUAAUCUUUGGCUUCAAUACGAUUCGGGAAAAGUUCCGAGGUGUAAGGAAGAAUGGGAUGAACCUAGAUACGUGCAUAAAAGAACGUUGGGAUAUUUUCAAUGGCCAAAGGAAUUAAAAAUCUACGGUCCGUCAUACGAGCAACCCGUUCUCGAUAGGUCGAAUGAAGAUUUACUACCGGAAGAAAGAGAAAUUGAAAUUUUUUUUAAAAAUUCUCAAAACGUUGCUCAACUCGUCAAGUAUUUAUCGUUGGAAGAUAAAAAAGGAAAGGAUAAAUUUAGCGGGACUAAAUUUUGGAUGUUUAAACAACUGUUUAGAAAUCACGGGAAUUGUUUAUUUGAAACAUUCAAACCUCAUUUGGAAAUUCUCGUCAAAGACAAUCACGAGAGUAGUCAAAGAUGUGCAGCAGAAAUAAUUGCCGGUGUCAUUAAAGGGAGCAAACAUUGGCCUUACGACAAAAUAUCUGGUUUGUGGGAAUUUUUAGGACCUUUGAUAAAAACGGGUUUGUCGAACAUGACGGAGGAAACGCUCAGAGAUUGGGAAACUUGUUUUGCGAGCGCCGUGGAAAAUUUAGAUCCCAAUCGAGUUCAUUGGCUUAUUGAAAUAUUAAUGGAUAAUCCGCUGUCGGAAAAAUCCUCGUUUCUCGGAUGUGGGAGACUUUACGUUCUUCAAGGAGUUUUAAAUCAACAGGAAUGGAGAUUGGCGGAAUUGUACAAACGUCUCAUUGUUUAUUUCGAACCUUAUCUUUGUCAUCCGUUUCAAAACGUUCGAGAAAGGAUCGCGUGCAUUUUAAUUUACAUAUUUGAAGUGGAUACGAAAUUGUCGGGAUCGGAGACGCUCGGACCACAUCCGGAAAUAUUUUUGACUUCCCUCAUCCCGAAACUUGAAGUUUUAUAUUCUUUGACCAAUAAUACGAUGAAUAAUUUAUCGCGUAAAAGUAAGUUUUGUAAUGGUCACGUGGAGUCACGUGGAAUCACGUGGAUUUUUAAACUUUGCUCUUGGAUAUUCGGAUCCCUGUCGAAAACGCACAGAAACAUUUUACCAGAAUAUUAUUUAGUUUUUCCUUUAUUGUGUUCGUUGGAACAUUACGAUCAAGACGAAGAACUCGUUAAAAUUUGUUCUUCGACUUUGGCAGCAAUGUCGAGAGCGUCCAUACUACCCGCGGAUAUUCCAAUAGCAUUGGAAUCGAUAAAAACGGUGAUUCAAAGUGGAUCCUGGUUGUCGAGAUCGUCUGUCGUUUUAUAUUUGCAAGUAUUCAUUUUUCACAACAUGCCGUUGAUAUCGAGUUGCGAAAAUUGGACGAUAGAAUGCACUACGAUCGUUUUGGAUUUAUUAGAAGAUAAAAGAGUCGAAGUGAGAGAAAAAGCAGCCGAAGUUUUGGGGGGUUUAAUACAUUGCGAUUUCAUAAAGAACACCAACGAACUUUUGGAACGUUUUAUAAAAAAAGCAAAAUUGAAAUUAAAUAAAAAAUCAAAUGAGGGUCAAAAUCCGGAAGUGCUCAGAGUGAAACAUUCGGGGAUUUUGGGAUUGUGUUCUUUUAUAAAUUCGUCUCCCUACGACGUUCCCAAUCACGUUCCAGAAAUAUUUUUCAUAUUGGGAAAUCAUUUAAGCGAUCCCCAACCCAUACCCAGCACGAUAAGGAAAACGUUGGGUGAUUUUAAAAGGACUCAUCACGAUGAUUGGGAUCGACACAAGUUGAAAUUUUCCGAAAAACAACUCGAAGUUUUAAACGACAUAAACGUUCCGCCAUCUUAUUACGCGUGA